AUGACUGCCCACGAGCGCCCACAACAUGACAACAAACCCCCACCCACGACAACAAACACCCACGAGCGCAACGCAAACGCCAACACAAAGACGAACGAAACGGCAACCCACCCCCAUGGACGCCAAUACAGCCCACCACCCAUGACCGACGACGACACACACGCGCCCACGACAAAGACGCGUGCCCACGCACGGAGGAUUCUGCUCACGUCAACAGAAAUGGGCAACGACGAGCCCAGAACAUAUAGAAUAGAGUAUGGAUUCCAUCUGAAAAAAGUAUGGAAUCCAUGUGAAAAAGUAUGGAAUCCAUCCCCCAUUCCAUGGAAUCCAUCCCCCAAAGUCAUGGAAUCCAUCCCCCCAUUCCAUGGAAUCCAUCUGGAAUUUCUGCAGUCCACCCCCCAUUCCAUGGAUUCCACAUGGAAUAACCUGGGGAGGGUAAAGUAUAAAGUAUUGCGGAAUUGGGCCAUGGGUCAAUAUUACAACCCUGUUGACGAUGAAGAACUACAUAUUUCUUCUAAUGUAGAAAAGGUCAAGGGCAUUGUGAAAAUCUAUGUAUCACCUUUGGACCCUGUUGAACUUGACUUCACUAAGAUGCAACCUAGCCUAAAGGUUCCUGUCACUGUUAACUUAAACUUGGGGCCAGUUCUGAAGGAAGUAGCUGUUCGUUGGCCACCCAUCACUCGAAAUCAUAUUCUUGUUUAUGAUGCUUUAGAUGGGCUUUGGGUUGCUGAAGGGAUCUAUGAUAGUGCAGUCGAGAUAAAUGACAGUAUUUUAUUCGACAAUUCUGAUGGGAAAGCAACUCUUCACAUUCUUGUUAGUUCUUUUGAGUCUGGGAUUUCUUUGUCCUCUAUUGCUCCUUCUCGUGCUCAUUCACUCCAAGGUGGAUCUAUUCCAUCUAUGUCUCAUUCUUCCACACCCAUUCGUUCCCACUCUCGCACACAUUCCAUAUCUACUUCAGAGGACAUCCAAUCUGGCAGCAUUGAACCAUCAACUGCAGAUGCUGAGGACUCAGUUGGUCAAACUUCUUUCACUGCAUAUGAAAUGAGUCUUCUCCAUAUUCUCAAGGUUCCAAUGAACCUUACACUCACCAAAGCUCUUAAUAACAUGCGCCAAGUCAAGCAGUGGCCUGAAAAAACACCUACUGAGAAGGAGGUUACUGAGCUGUUUAUUGGAAAAGCCAGUGGAGCAAUGUUUGGUGUCCAACCUUCAGUAGAGUUUUACAGCACUUUCCAGAAAUGCAAGGAUGCAGAGGAGCUUUGGGGAAUAGAUGCGAAGUACACUCUAAAGAUGUUGAAAGAAUGGAUGGAUCAGGGAGGAAAGCCUUUGAAAGGAAAGGCUAGGGUUGUUGAAGAAGCUGUUGCUGAAAGCUCAUCGAAGGGACUUGGAAAGGAGAAGGAUAAGGAUAAGAAGAAGAAGAAGAAGAAGAAGAAGUCAGAGAAAUCAGAUGAAUACUUAGUGAAGCCUCAUGUUAUGAUUGUCUCAACUUUGGUCUGGCUGCUGUUAUGUCUUGCACUCCAACUUUUCAUAUCAGUCACUGGACCAACAGCAGCAGGAUUCAUAAAUGUCAUUUUUCUUGCUGGAUUUUCUUUGAAAUGUUAUACAUUGGCUACAUCACCAAUAAGUUGGCUGCUUGUAUGGCUUGCAUUUGUUCCUUGCUUUUAG